AUGGCCACGUAUUGUCAGGAACUAAAAGUAAUCGCCGACCAACUUAACAAUGUUGAAGCCCCUGUUGAUGAUCAAUCCCUCAUGUUACAAACGCUAGCCGGCCUUACCGAUUCCUAUGAAGCGGUGGCCACUGUUCUUGGCAACACUAAACCCCUGCCAUCCUUCAACGAGGUCCGGUCACAACUUUGCAUGAAUGAAACCCGCAAAGCCAAUCAAGCCAUCACCUCUGCCCACUCAGCCGGCUCGGCUCUUCACACCACCGCUCGCCCCGCCGCCUCUCAGCCCCCUUCACCGAACAAUACCUCUCACCCUACUGACUAUCGCACCGACACCGGCUACAACCGGGGUCGCUCCCGUGGCUGGGGACGUGGUCGUGGCAGACCAUCUUGGAACCGAAACCGCCAACCCAAUCCUCCUGCCCAGCAGUUUUCGGCCCAAUUCCCAUGGCCAUUCGGCCCACCCACAUGGCCCAAUACUCCUCAACAAACUACACAGUGGCCUACAUGGGCUUCGCCCCCCUGCCCAUACCCGACAACUCCUCAGCCGAACUCUAAUACUUCGGGUCAGGGAAUUUUAGGCCCACGCCUUAAUGCUGCCAAUGCCACCUACACCCCCACCGAUAUCGCACAAGCUAUGUAUACGUUGAGCUUAAACCCGCCAGAUUGGAACUCUGUGAUGGACACUGGCGCUACGGCCAUUAUCUGCAACCGUCAGGUACAUCUCAAUCUUAUUUAA